AUGGACAAGGUGACAGAGACUGGAUUAGAGGUUGAGCUGCCUACGGGCGUACAAAUCACUCCUCAACCAGAUGAGAACAAGUACUAUAUGAGAGGUGGAGAAUCAGAUCAUCCUGGCUUCGUUCAGUCGGACCAGUCCAAUCAAUCUCAUGCGGACCCAGAGCCGUUUGGAUGGCACCAAGGCCAGUAA